AUGAGAGUAGGAGAAGUGGGAACUCCCAGGCUAGGGGGGAGGCAGCGGCAACGGCUGCAUAGACUGUCCGCGCGGCGACCGCGGGGGAUGCUCUGCUGGAUCCUGGUCCUCUUGCUGCUAGCCGUGAUCCCACCCGUCUUCUUCCACUUCAGACUGAGGCGCCUCCCCAAGGUGAAGGGGGAUCCUCAACCUCUAGCACGAUGCGUGCUCGCUUGGGCGCGGAUCUGAACUUGAAUUUUGCGGCGGUGCCCGAUCGAGUUUCUUUGUCCUGUCCUGCUUCCUUGCAGAAGCGAUCGCAAAAGUGCGCGUGGAUGGAUGAUCCCCCUCUCGUAUGUGCCCAUGGUGGCGAUGCCAGCAAGUCUGCUCCCAAUACCGUAAGUGUCCGGCGAUCGGGAACAUUAGUUUCGCACUCUCUAUUGCGGGCGCAUUAGUCUCGACUACGCAUACCUUCGCUAGCUCGAUAUUCCUAGGAUUUUCUCCCAAGUCUUGUGCUGUGGCUACGUUACGACUUCAGCUUGAUUAUCAUAAUGUCUUACUUCCUGUUGUAACCUCUCUACCAUAUAAAACCCUGUUAAGGGAAAUCAGUGAUGAUAUUUCUCUCCUGAUUCUUGAAAUCAGAAGUAAUAUCUUCUGACUAGAAUCGUUGAGCUGAACUACCUUUUUGGUAUGUUGUGAAGUCCAUCGACACUUCCUGGCCCGGAUACUUUUAGCCGAAUAAUCUUCCCCGUGCAGCUUUGUCAGGAAUAUGAAGUCUUGGCUUCUCAUCGGGACACAUACUGUGGCAAUACUGACAUAUACGUCCGUGCUCUGAUUUUAAGCCACAGAAUCAACAUUGUUCACCGCUAGUAGUUUCUUGCCCUUUGUGUGUGCUAUUUCUCUGGCAUUGAAUUUUUGGAGUUCAGUAUCAGGGUUGGUGUUGAAUCUAAUUUCCUUUCUAGAAUGGUUGUUGUUGGGAUCUCUUUUGGCUUCACAUUAGGAAUCGUAUUCUGUCAAGGAUCGGUGUGAGAAACUUGUGUCAGAUACCAUUCUCUGUGCAUUCCUAUUUUAUAGCUGGCACAAUCCAAUAUAUGAAUUCCUUUUCACUUAAAUUAUGCAAUGAUUCAAGAUGGGUGAAGGAUAAUCUCCGAGUUCAAUGCGCACCUACUGCUUAGGAGCCAUCUGUAUGACUGCUAGAGAAGAAAGAUGAAGUGUUUCUAUCGAUUUUAGAAUCGUUUUUUCCUUCCCUGGUGCUAUGGCACGUAAAUUAUAUCCAGCUAUUGAUUUUAAGUUCAUUAAGUAUGCUUGUUGAAACUAAAUAAACAGAUUGCAGUAAGGGCGGAUAGUAGGGUUUGGUUGCGCUCUCUGACCUAUAUGUUAAUCGUUAAGUGUUCCUUUCAUUUUCUUAUCUCAUUACUUAUUUGUUAAUGGCAGAUGGGUGCAUAUCAUGAGGCCCUUCGUGCUAAUGUAGACUGCAUUGAGAUAGACGUCUCUCGCUCUUCUGAUGGAGUGCUAUUUGCUCUUCAUGAUAGGUAUAUUCCAGAUUCUCCAUUCAUUUGAUUUCUAAUACAAUCUGGCUGUUCAUUCUACAAUUGAAGCGAAUUGUUAUGGCACUUGAUUUUACAGCUCUAUAUGAACGUCAAUAUAGUUUCUUUUUUAUCAGUGUUUAGGAGAAAGGAUGCAGUAGGAAAAGAAAAAAAGGUUAUUGUUUAGGUAGUAAAAGGGAAUCACUUGAAAAAUUAGGAGUGAGAGAGGAUGAAAAUUAAUGACUGACUUUUCUCGUGAUUUUUAUCUUGAUUUCAUUUUUUUGUGAAAGCUCGUCUCCUUGGAAGAGAAGUUUACUGCUAUAAGCUCGUUGGCUAGGCUUUCUUUGAACUAACAACUCUGUAACUAAAUUAUUUAAUAAUUCUUUUCAUGAAAAGCAACUAACGGAUGGACAAAUAAAACGCGGGCCACCUUAUAAACUUUUCAUCUACCUGGUGCCCAGACCUUAUGCACUACUCUACCUUGGCACUUGACAUUGAUUUGUAUGUUCUGCAAGUUCUGCUAACUGGUGUUAACUUCUAUGCUAUUCCCCUGGCAUCCGUGAAGAUGAAGCAGUUUCCCUUUCAUUUUUUAGUUGUGUUUUACGUCAGUAAAACAAAAGGGAAUAUUUGAUUCUCAUAUGACACAGGCAGGGAUUUGCAGAGGAUGACUGGCAAUGACACUAUCAAAGUCGGCUAUUUGAGAAAAGAUGAGGUAAAAGUCUCUUCAAAUAUCGUAGAUGUGUCUGGGCCGUGCAGUGUCCUGCCCGCUUAUUUAUUUAUGAAGUAUCAGAUUCCCACUUGUGCCUGUAGGUGGAGAGACUAGAUGCCAGCUUGCGGUUGCCACACAAAAGAGAGAACCAAGAAGUGCUCACCGUCGAGGACGCAUUACUGGUAUCAGACAUUCCUAGUAGCUAUGCCCGAUGCUUGAAGAUCUUCUUGCGUUCUUGGCUGCAAAUGUGCUUAUCUGAUUAAUGCGGUUUCAUGAGUCUCUCUCGUUGUAUGCAUUGUGCAGCUGGUAUCGAAAUCUGUGAAACGAGUGGUUCUUGACGCCAAAGUUGGUCCUCCAUUGUACGAGAAAGGCCUAGCGAAGGAUAUACUCUCCAUUGUAAGCCUGCCCUGGUGCUCGUUACCCAAUUAAAGCUCCUCUUGUCUGUAGGCUCUUUCUCGCCUCCUGUUUGACUAAGCCUUCUACUCUCUGGUUUUUCUACGCCCCAACUCAGGUUCAGAAGACGAAUUGCGGGAACUGCAUCAUCUGGGCGAAGAACGACAUCUUAGUGCGAGACAUUCUAAAGCAAUCUCAGGACGUUCAGGUGAUCAGUGCACCCCAUUUCCCUUCAUAGAAAGUGUCGCUUCAUCCCCCACCCUCAGGGCUGGAGAGUACGAUUGUUACCCUGGUUGGGAUCUCAUUCUCUCAUCCUCCCCUGACAAUUCUCUUCCUAAUGGAACCAACAGAUUGGAUACAUUGUAAUGAGGGAUCCUUCUACGGGAGCCAGAAGCAAGCUACUGAGGAUGAAGGGAGCAGACGUCGUUGGAGUCUACCAUCCCCUAAUCGAAGAGAAGAUGAUGAGAACACUCCAUGGGUAAGAUGGGCUCUGCUUUCACAUCAUUAAUGGUCGCAAUAGAUGAACGUCUCCAUUCUCUAUGGCUGCGGUGUUUCCUCAAAAGGUAAUCAUCUUCCUGCAGGGGAGGGAAGAAGGUGUAUGCUUGGACCGUGGACGAUGAGCCAUCGAUGCAGAGAAUGCUGUAUGAGAGCGUAGACGCUGUGAUCACCAGUCGGCCAACGCUUCUUCAGGAGGUCUUGCGGAAGAUGAAAGCCGAGUGCCGCGAGGGUUUCCUCUUCUGGUGA